GGUGGUCAUGAGUUUAUGUUUGGCAUGACAGAACGUACCCUUCCUCUUAAUCGUAUUAGAUUGCUUAUUUCAUUAUCAGAGAACCAGUAUCUAGUGCUUUUCUUUCACAUCUUAUGAAACGUCGAAGUCAUUUGCUCCUUUGCAAUUAUGCUGUACAUCGAUUGAUUUUACAAUAGCCGUCCUUAAUUUAUAAUCUCUAUAAAUGUCGAAAUACGAAGUAGCUUCGGGAGAGCAUGAGGUAGGAAGCGAGGAAGAUGAUGACUCAGAUAAUGGUCUUCAACCCCCAGAACUUCAGGGUGUUUUGAGCAAAUGGACCAAUUAUAUCCAUGGUUGGCAGAGCCGCUAUAUCGUUCUUAAAGAUGGAACUUUAUCAUAUUACAAAUCUAAAGAUGAAAAAGGAUUUGGCUGCCGAGGAGCACUCAGUCUUUUCAAAGCAACAAUCAAGCCUCAUGAAUUUGAUGAGUGUCGUUUUGAUGUAGCGGUCAAUGAUUGUGUUUGGUAUUUAAGAGCAGAAAGCCCGGAAGAUAAGCAACAUUGGGUUGAAAUUCUGGAAGCAUUCAAAACUGAAUCAGGUUAUGGAAGCGAGUCCAGUUUAAAGCGUCAUGGAAGUGCAGUAUCACUAACUUCGGCCACUCUUUCAGCCAAUUCAUCCAACAGUUUUAAAAAAGGGAGAGGCUUGAAAGAAAAGCUAGCUGAAAUGGAAACUUACAGAGAUAUUUUGUGUACUCAAAUGGAGACCCUUCAAACUUAUUUUGAUUCCUGUGUUGAAGUAGUCUCACUGAAAGGUGAAGAUUUAGAGAAAGCCGUGGCCAAAGGGAAAAUGUCUGCUGUGGAUUUUAAAGGAGAAGCAAUGACAUUUAAGGCAACAUCAUCUGCAGUGCUUUCUGGUUUAGCUCAGUGUAUCGAGAUUGUAUGUCAUCGAGAAGAAUUGUGGAGAAAAAGGUUAGAAAAAGAACGCCAAAGGUUAAUUAAGAUGGAACAGAGUUGCCAGCCUUUGAACCGAAAACAUUCUCUAGUUGGAGGACCUGACCAGGAGGAAGGCCCACACAGUAUACUCGGUGAUGAGGAAUUUUAUGAUGCUGUAGAGACUGGACUUGAGCGUAUUGAAAUGGAAGCUGCUCUAAGAGCAAGGUUAUCGGAUUGUUCUUUGUGUGAUGUCCCUCAAACUCCAGGGAAUGCAUCCAAUCACCCAUUAUGGGAGGAGAUCGAUAAAGUAACAAAGGAACAAGUUCAUUAUGCAAGUCUUGGCAUUGGUCUUGAAGGACCUUGGCAUUUGUUUGCUGAGGAAGGAGAUAUGAAAAUGUAUCGGCGUGAAGAAGAGCUGAAUGGCUUGGUGAUUGACCCAUUAAGGGCUUGCCAUAUCGUCAAGGGUGUUACAGGGCAUGAAAUGUGCCAUUAUUUCUUUUCUCCUCAGUAUCGCAAAGAUUGGGAAACUACUUUAGAGCAAAUGACAGUCGUGGAAAAAAUAACAGAUGAAAAAAUGGUAUUCCUUCAAGUGUAUAAGCGUAUUUGGCCUACUGCUCAAAGAGAUGCCUUAUUUUGGUCCCAUCUAACCAACUUGCCAGAUCCGAAUGAUCAUGACAGUGAUGUAUGGGCUGUAGUCAAUCAUUCAACUUAUCUUCCACAAUAUCCUGCAAAGGGCAAUAAGUGUGUUCGUGUCAUUUUAACUGUGUGUUUAUACUGCCAAACCUUAAUCACCCCUCCAAAAGAUGGCGCUGAGGUGACAAGGGAUGAUAUAACAUGCAAAAUAACAUACUGUUCAGUUGUUAAUCCUGGAGGAUGGGUUCCUGCCUCAGCUUUAAGAGCAGUAUAUAAGAGAGAAUAUCCGAGAUUUUUAAAACGAUUUACAUCAUAUGUGCUUGCCCAAACAAAGGAUAAACCGAUCUUGUUUUGAUCUUUACUUAAUUAUAAACUACGUUUGGACCCAGAAACACACCAGAACGCAAAUAAACGAAGCAUGGAACAAGCAGAUAAAUCCAAAAUAAUUACAGGGUAGAUUAAUGUUUCCUGGAAUUUUCAACUUGGCCAUUUUGGAAACUUGUGUAUAUAACUUGUAAUGAUUUGUAAGAUAUCAAAGUGCACAUAUUUUAUUAAAAGGUAAUGUGUAAUAAAUACUAAAUUAAUCUGCAUGAUUACAUCAAUUAUUAGUUUAUCUUUGUAUAAAUAAAUAACUUGCUAUAAUGGA